AAACCGUGGAGAGCUAUAAAAAUAAAGGCGCGCGCAGCAGCAGGAGCGCUGGAUCCGCUCUCCCGCAGGCGCGACGACUCGCGAGCAAAUUUAUCCUGUCUGUCGUCUCCCCCGGUUCGAGCGGCGCACACGGCUCGGUUCUGCUUUCGAGAAACGAGACAGCAGGUCCUCCGCACCGCACGGCGCGGCGCUGUGCCUGCCACUACCCCGUAGCGUGCGAAAUGGCGGCUCCGCUUGUGCCCCGGGAAGAGGGGUUGAGGCAGGAAGGUGCGGUGGAGCAGGAGGAAGAGGACAGGUGGGCGUGCCUGCUGCCGGAGCUGCUCGCCGAGGUGCUGCGGCGCCUGGAGGCGUCCGGCGGGGAGCGGUGGCCGGCGCGGAAGGACGUGGUGUCGUGCGCCUGCGUCUGCAGGCGGUGGCGCGACGUCGCCGCCACGGUCGUCCGCCCGCUGCCUGAGUCCGGGAAGAUCACCUUCCUGGCCUCGCUGAAGCAGCCAGGGCCAAAAGAUUUUCCAAUCCAAUGCUUCAUCAAACGAAACAAGAAGAAUUCUUUGUUUUAUCUCUACCUUGGAUUGACAAACAAUCCGAUGAUGCCUGCCACAGACAAAGGAAAGUUUCUCAUGGCUGCUAAAAGGUUUAGGCGGGGUGCUCCCACAGAGUAUAUUAUUUCCCUUGAUGCUGAUGAUAUUUCACAAGGAAACAAGGCAUAUGUGGGAAAAUUGAGGUCUGAUUUUUUGGGAACAAACUUCAAAAUAUAUGACAGCCAGCCCCCCUACGAUGGUGCAAAGGCGUCAAGCACUCGAUCUAUUCGGCGUUUUGGAAGCAGGCGAAUCAGCCCCCAAGUAUCGUCAGGCAACUUUGAUGUCGGACAGGUUUCUUACAAAUACAACCUGCUCAAAUCCAGAGGGCCUAGGAGGAUGCUUUGCACCAUGGAGUGCCCCUCUGUUCAAGAGACCUGGGAGAACUCCCUCAAGGUGAUGUCUUUCAGGCAAACAGGUAGCACUAUCCUUAGAAACAACGCCCCAAGGUGGCAUGAGCACUUGCAGUGCUGGUGCUUGAACUUCCAUGGACGGGUGACAGUUGCAUCUGUCAAGAAUUUCCAGCUGGUGGCUACAACCGACACAAGCCAUCCUGAUAGCGUCGAUGAUGCGGAAAUUGUUCUGCAGUUCGGUAAGGUUGGUGACGACAUCUUCACCAUGGAUUAUCGCCAGCCACUCUCGGCAUUUCAGGCGUUCGCCAUCUGCCUUAGCAGCUUUGGGACAAAGCUAGCUUGUGAGUGACAAUGUUGUAUGUUGUUAUGAAGUCCUUCACGUCGCAGGAUGGCUGUGUACACCAACUGUCGCAUCCUCUGAUGUCUUCUGGCCUUCCUGGUGCUAUUACAAUGGCUUUCGCAGUUAGAGGCUACCUCUACCUUUUCUUCAGGAAUGGUUUCUGCGGUGCCACUUACAAGUUGCAUAAAUUCGCUUUGCAGAGUUGUUUCAUGGACAGAAGAUAUAUGUAGACUUAGCUUGAGCUGGGAAUUGAAAAGGAAACGUGCCUCUUGUACAUAAGGACUUGAGUUGAGGAGCUAAUGCUUCCCCUUUUCUUUGAGAACCAACAUCCUGUAACCUUGACUAUGUAGUUUGAGUUAUAUAAUCGAAAUCCAGUAAGCUUGUGU